CAAUGACACGACGUCUCUUACGAACAUUGAUGUCGGCCAUUUUGCAACUACUGUGCUGCCCCUAGGUUGAUGAAGAAAAUUACUAUUGCUGUGGAUUGUAGAUCUAUCAUCUUUUAUUCAAAUCAUAGCCCCAAAGAAUUACAAAUUAAUACAGAAGAGUGUGAUUCAAAGAAUGAAAUGAACAAUGGUUACCAAGAUUAUAUUCCCUUCAUAAGGUCAAAAGGUCCAGUUACUUCAAAAGAAAAACAAGUUGAUUUAAUAUUGGCAAACAAAAAUGACAAAGGCAUUCAGUGUGAUACACAAACUGCUUCUCAAGGUCAUUCAUGGUCUACUAAAGAACAGGAAACCCAAGUCGACGAAGGAAAAAGAAUCCAAAAGACCAAAGGCAAUCAAUGUUCAUUAAUCGAUGUGAACACAGAAGAUCAGGUUUGGUGUACUGAAGAAAAAGGAACCCAGGCUGUAACAGGAUCAAAAAACAAAAAGACCAAAGCCAAUCAAUGUUCCCUAAUUCAAGUGGACUCAAAAGGUUCGAAUCAGCAUUCAGUGAAACAAUCAAAAAGAGACAAAGAAGUUCAAGUUAAACUGCAGAACACUCAGAUUCAGAAGAAGAACAAACAUACCCAAGCUGACGACUUCUGGGAACAGUCAAACAGCGAACACAUACCCGAUUUUAUUAAAAAGAAAAUGGAUGACAACAUCAGGAAAUGCACCAGAGUAUUACAAAUGGUGGAACAGCUUACUGGUCGUUCAGUAAAUUUUUUUGAAGCAAAUAUGGUUUCCAAAGAAAACAAAAAAAAUUUGAACUGAGACCAAGUGUUGUUUUUUAGAAUGGUUCAAGAGGUUUUCAAGGAACUAUAACAUGAUUUCUGGUAUGUUUUUGUACAAUUUGUUUUUGUUGCAUGAGAUUUCUGAAGAAGUGUUUUUGGUCACCUGGACUUUCACUCACAGGUGCAUUAUGACAAGUGCUUUAUCUCAUGUAAUUUAUCUCACAUGUGCUUCUUGUUAAAUUUGUCUCACGUGCUUCAUUUCAUUUUGUUUUAUUUUGUCAAUAAA